GGGGGUCACGUGGUGCUGAUGAGGGGCGGGGCGCAGCUGUGUGAGGGGCACGCGCGCACUGCAGACUCAAACGCAACAGAGAUUUAAGAGAAAAGAACAGAGACAAGACAAAACACGACAGAGAGAAGAAGAAGAACAGAGAGACACACACGGGGUCAAAGUCUAGGAGCUGGGAUUGAUUAAGGAGACGACUGGAGGUGUUGGCAACGAUGAAAAUGGAUGAAGACGUAAGUCCGCUGGAGAGGGAGCAUUCGCUGUCUGUGGUGCUGCCGGGAGGUUUGGAGAAGAACACAACUGUCCACGGAAGUAAACCGGUCAUGGACUUGCUGGUGACCCUUUGUGCCAGUUACCACCUCAACCCUUCAGAUUACACCGUGGAAGUUCUGUCCCCAAACAAGAACAACAUCAGCUUCAAACCAAACUCUCCCAUUGGUUCACUCGAAGCUGAAAAAAUCGUUUUGAAACCCAGAACGGGAGAAGAGGAGAAGAUUAGAACGCCGUACAUGCCCGAGGCAACAGUUCGCCUCUUAAUAAACUACAACAAAUCCCAUAAGGCCGUGGUGCGCGUAAACCCCCGACUGCCCCUGGAGAAGCUGCUGCCGCUCGUCUGCGACAAGUGCGAGUUCGAAGUGGAGAACACGGUUUUACUCAGGGACUCCGGGUCCAAAGAACCUCUGGACCUGAGCCGGAGUCUGAACGAGCACGGGCUGAGGGAGGUGUACGCCCGAGACACGGCCGCCAGAGAACGCAGCAGACGCCAGCCCCACGCCGCAGCGGAUCUGUCAAAAAAAGCGAAUAAACCCAAGGACGCCCGGGGACUCUUCAGUUUAUUCAGAAAACACCGGAAACACUCAGACCCUAGUCACAUGGUCAGCGCCGCGACGUCUCCGGGACCGCACUCGAGAUCAGCUAGCAUUAGCGCUCAGAACGCCGCCUCGUGUACGACUCCGCCCACAGAUCCGCCGAAGAAAAGGUGCGCCCCGCCACCACCCAUGGGCGUGUCCACCAGCAGCCCCGCCCACCUCAACACCUGCGCCUUACAAGACCCGCAGAGGUCUGGUGACGGUACGCUGAGGAGCACGAAACGGAGAGCGCCGCCGCCGCCAACGCCACCAGCACCGACGGGAAACCACGGCGUCGGCGCAGCUACAGAUUCGGUCAAAUUGGAGGAAUUGAAAAAGUCGGAGGAACCUGCGUCUGUCAAUCACACAUCAUCAUCAUCUGCGUCAUCUUCAUCAGCUCUUGCUCCACCUCCUCCGCCUCCAUCAUCUCCAUCUGCGCCUCCUCCUUUCUACAAACCCCCAGACGCCGAUCGUCCCAGCGUCGCCGUCAGAGGCCUCUCCGACGCCCGCACCGCUCUGGCUAAAGUCCUGACGUCGUCGCUCUCCACGGGGAUGCUGGCGAAACGACUCAAAAACUCCACCCCGUUCCCGAAAACGCACGACAACGUCUACGCCCACGACGCGGCUGCACCCGAGAACGACGUCGAAAUCGAGCCGGUUCCGAACGACGCGGAUUUACCCGACGAGAACGUGUUUGAGGACCCCGCGGAGAGGAAAGGGUUAACGACGUUUAAAGUGGUUCCGUCGAGGAGAGAAAGCGACGCGGAAACGAGACGGGAAGCGGCGGAGAAAGAGGAGGAGAAAGAAAACGCAGAAGAAGUAGAAGAAGAAGAAGUCAUCCCGGGAACUGACCAAUCUCUGAACACGGACGUUUCUCCUGACCAAUCGGAAAGCGGAUCACAAGUGGCGUGCGGCGUAAACGAAACGGAGAGCACUUCCUGUCCGGUUCCGCUUGACAGAAGUGGCUCAGAUCUGGAGGAGGUUGAGGACCUCGCUGAAGCCGCGAAACAAAACGAAGAAACGGCGGUUAAUAACGACGAGGAGGUAGAAGAAGACGAGUCAGAGCUGAGUCAGGAAACGGAUAAGAGAGACUUGUAUUUAGGCGAAGAAGAGGAAGAGGAGUGUCCCGCAGAAACCACCCCACGUGACGACGAUCAAAUUAAACAAAACACACAAGACGAGGAUCAGUUCCCUCCUCCGCCGCCGCCCGUUUUUUUUCAGCGAAGAUCUGAAUGAAACCAAAGCAAACGCGUCCGGUAGCUGCGCAAACGGACACGAGGAGUCCGAUAACGAGCAACAACAACAACAACCCGGAUCUGAGGAAUCGGAAUCGGCGGACAAGGCGGCGCCCUCAGCUCGCUCCAUGUUCGCUCAGGCCGUGGCGGCGGCGGUGCAGAGGUCCAAGCUUCACCAAAACGCACAAGAUCACGACUAGAAAUAGAUUUUUAGCGUUAGUUUUAUACAGUUGCGGAGAUGAAGUUCGAACGUGACGACCAGGAUGUUUAAAACGCGAUAUAUGUUUUGUAUUCCCGUAGUUUUAGUCGUGUUUUCACGCAUUUCUGUUGCCAAAACUUUCCACGCAGGAGCCACGUGCCAAAAUGAACUCGUCUAAUAUUUUCGUGCGUGAUAAUUUAAGUUUUGUAGUUAAAUCCUGGCUUAAUCCUGUGUGCGCGUGUGUUUUAUUGAAGUGUGUUUUUUUAUUUUUACCAAUGCAGUGUCUCCAGAGUGUGUGUGCGCAGUUGUUCUCCUCAACAGCAGGUGGCAGUAGAGCUCUGUUUGUGAAGCUUUUGACUGUUCCGUCCUCCAUUAUCUGUCUGAAAUCAUCAAGUGAGACGUUUAACAGAAGGUCUAACGUGGAAGUUAUUUCAGGACGUAUUUAUGAAUAUAUUUAAAUGCAUUUCCGUGUGUGUGUGUGGCUUUAAUCACCGUGACGACAGUGUACAUAAUAAAUAUAUAUCCAGAC